GUACUCCUCUGAAUCACUGCAGAUUUUGCAGUCUCUCUUAUGGUCUUUAUUUAUUUCACCACUUCUCUCUCUCUCUCAAACACGCACUCAUAUUUAUCCUUCAAUUAUAUUGACCACAUAUUCAUCACCUUCAAAGUCAUUCCAAUACCAGAGGGAAAAAAAAAUGGCCAACAUUAAACUAAGCAACUUACUGUUGCUACUCAUCACCUUAAUCAUGGCAGCAUAUGUUAUACAAGGUUCUACAAAUCAGCAAGAACUACCUCAUCCUCUAAGUGCUUCUCAUUCAUCUCAACCACAAAGAGAACUACAUUUGCAGGGUGGCAGUGAAAGAGUGAUGAUGAAGAAUUCAAGGAGAUUGAUGAUAGGAUCCACUGCACCAACAUGUACUUAUAAUGAAUGUAGAGGGUGCAAGUACAGGUGCAGAGCCGAGCAAGUGCCUGUUGAAGGGAACGACCCAGUCAAUAGCGCUUACCACUACAAAUGUGUUUGCCAUAGAUGCGAAGGUGUUUCUAGAGUGACAAAAGUGAGGGGUCUGCAAGUGGGCACAUGGAAUGGUCCCGAAAGUUGGACAUUAGCGAGCAAAGGAUCACAUGCCCUAACUUAUUUGGCUUCAUUCGUCAUGAUUUGCACAAACUGGCACAAACUGAAUUAUAUAAGGCAGACCACACAUAAUAAUUAAGAGUAUGGAGGUCCCAUUUUCAGUGUAAAAUCAGCAAACUAGCUGAAACAUAGUUCAUAUUCAAAUUGCACUUGCCUUCUCGCCACUGUCUUCCUUUCUCAAGAAUAUUCUAGCAUACACUCGAGUUUUGAUUGUCUCACACUCAAAUUAUACACCGUCUUGGGUUAUAUACGUGGAUAUUCAUGAGAAAUGUGAACAAGA